AAGGGUUGGAGGUUACAUUUAUCCAGGGCUGGCAAUGUUCCAAGAGCAGAGGCAGACUGGCAACCUCGAUCGAUGCACGAAAGCGAACGAUGGGUGCACUAGAGUUUCCGACACAGAUCUCUGGAAUCGUCGUCCUUUAGUUUGACAGUGUGCGAAGCGAGUAUCUUCCGUAUGUGAUGAUUGGAGGCAUGGUGACGCGCUGGGUUGGGAUCUCAGGGCUGAGGCCGUGCAUGAUGCAGAGUCGGAACGUCAGAGUCCAGGAGCAAGACUGAUUUGGAGAACAGCGAUUCUCCAGGUAGGUAGAAGAAUUGAGAUGGGGCUUGUCGUUGGUGGAACGAUUUCUGGAAAAUUGCCGGAGCAGGUAGCUUUCGCCGUGAACUAUCCUGGGUACCCGUCUUCUGUCAGUCGUGCAAUUGAGACACUGGGUGGGGAGGAAGGUCUUGCGAAAGCACGUUCUUCUGAGUUGAAUUUUUUGGAGCUAAAAUUUCGUCCCGAGGAUCCUUAUGCACAUCCUGCGUUCGGUGAACUCAAUCAUUCUUCCGAUCUCGUUCUUCGACUCUCGCGUAAACCCAACAGAAAGAAUUGGAGAAGGGAUACGGUAGACAGUGCCAUCAGCACGUCUGCAGAGAGUGUGGAAGAUGAGAAUGCGAAAGCUUUGCAAAGCACGGAAGACAUUCGAGCUGAAAUUGUGGCCAAAGUUGAUAAAACGUACGCCUUUGAAGGAAUGACUGAUUACCAGUAUGUGGUAGCUGUACACGCUGAUGAAAAUAGAGGCCACAAGCGUAGGGGACAUCAACAAGAGAAGGGGAGUUUGUUGGACAUGGAGCAUGGAGAGCUGCUGAUGCUAGUUCCACCGCUGUUCUCUGUCAAGGAUUUACCGGAAGAUAUAUUUUUGCGACCACCUGGAGGGAAGAAACCAAAGCAAGGCCUAGUUGAAACAGAAAUCAGCCCCGAGAUUGUUGUGCCAUUCGCCCUGGAUUUCAAGAUUAAAGAAGUUCCUACAACUACUACAUGGAAACAACAACUGGAUAGAAGUUCAGAUGCAUAUGCACGGACGGAGGCCCUGGUGAAAAUGUUCGAGGAGCGGCCUGUCUGGGCCAAGAACACGCUGAAUGAGAGACUGAUGGAACAGGAAAUUUUUGUCACUGACGCCUACCUUAGAAGCUUGCUUUUUCGAAUUUCUUACUACUUCGGAUGUGGACCUUUCCGUAAUCUUUGGAUCAAGAAUGGUUAUGACCCACGGGUAGAUCCUGAGUCUCGUAGGUAUCAAGCGUUAGACUUCAGAGUGCCAGCGGUGUUGCGAGUGCAGUCUUCACAAUCAAAAGCUUCACCCAGCUGGAAGGAUCUUUGCUUUUUCAAGACUGUUCCAACAAAAAGAUUUACAAUAUUUCAGAUGCAUGAUCUGCAAGAUGAAGUUAUACAGGCCGAAAUUAGUAAGCCGCCCGAGCGAGCUACCUGUGGGGAAUCUACUGGUUGGUACCGUUUGAGCACAAUUCAGAGAAUGAGAUUAGUGGUGCGGAUUCGAUUUCUUGAACUCUAUUCAGGGGAUGUUGCCCGGAGCCUCGAGAAUGCAGAACGUAAGAACUUGAGUAGGCCGAGGUCUGCCUUUGAGCUUGAGGAAGAACCUACAAACUCCGUGAAGAACGUUCCAGAGAGGACUUGUAAUGCUGAUGCGGGUGAUGGAAUUGAAGGUGCUUCUGAACCACUUCAACCAGAGCUACUCACCAUAGGAGGUCAUGUGGAUGACAUGGGCGAGGAUGAACCUGCCGCCAAAAUAUUCGAAGAGGAAGAGCUGGAGGACGAAGAAGAUGACGAAGAGGACGAGGAAGAAUUGGAGGACGAUGAAGAUGAAGAAGAAUUUGAAGAAGUAGAUAUGCAGUCAGAGAGGCCUCCUUUUGGUUUUAGGUGCUUCGAGAUCCGGGGACCAUUGAACCGCAAUUCCACAAAACGAAGUGGGAAAACUCAAUUUUGGUCCGGAUGGGUACAUGGACCCCGCAGACAACAUACCGAAAAACUAUCUGCAGGCUUUGCUGGGAAAAUUUUCUUUCUCAGGUGAUGGUGUGGGAGAUGCGGCGAACCAUCCCCCUGCCAAGGCUGAUGACGAAGAAUAUACUAUCUAUGAGCAGGAUGAGGAUGAGGAGGACGAUUAGAAGAGUGUCUGGGAAACAUACCGAUCGAGAUUACUGUAACUAUGAACACACAAGAGAAAUGAUUUUGGAACGCUUAAGCUUAGUACUACGGGCAAAUCAUGUUUGUUCUCCGGCGCAUACAUCAGGUCAACGCAAGUGUUCAGGAUAGUGCUUGCUCUGCUCCGGAUUCAAAUAGGUCAUUGUUGUCUCAUGGCACCAACAAGCAGGAUGGAUGUUCUCAAAUUGUACUGCAAUUUGAUCAUACCGUUGAUUAGGUAUGUGAUAAUCUAUUGAAGAGCGCCUCUUAUGUGAUAUCUGAUGUGGCCCUUGCUUUUUCCAUU